UGUCGCAGCUAGCCAUGGCGUCCGCAAUGGCAACGACGGGAAGCCAUCGUCGGCAGCUGCUCCUCAUCUUCGUCCUGACGUUCUACUUCUUGUCUUCCGAGCUUCGCGUCGUCCAUGGCCAGCCCGACACUCUCGGGUUCAUCAGCAUCGACUGCGGGACCGCGGAGGGCACGAGCUACCCGGACGAGUCCACCAACGGCCUGAGGUACGUCUCGGACGCCGGCUUCGUGGACGCUGGGGCCGGGGCCAACGCCGGCAUCAGCCCGCCGUACAGCGAUCGGGGCCUGGCGCCGCGGUACCUCAACGUCCGCUACUUCUUCGCCCCCUCCGGCGGCUCCGGUGGCGGCAACAACCGGAGGAGCUGCUACACGCUCCGGGGGCUAACGCAAGGAGCCAAGUACCUGGUCAGGUGCAGCUUCUACUACGGCAACUACGAUCAGCUCAGCAGGCUCCCGGCCUUCGACCUCUACCUCGGCGUCCACCGCUGGGCCGCCGUGAACGUCACCGCCGCCGACGACACCUACAUCCUCGAGGCCGUCACCGUGUCGCCCGCCGAGUUCCUGCAGGUUUGUCUGGUGGACAUUGGGUUGGGGACGCCGUUCAUCUCCGGGCUUGACCUGAGGCCGCUCAGGGCGGCCAUGUACCCGGAGGCCACCGCGAACCAGUCGUUGCUCCUGCUCAACUUUCGCCGGCCGACGGCGAGGUUUGCUUUGAACCGCUACCACUUCUGGCGGCCGGCCAGUUCCUAUAGAGUUUUCAGGUAUCCAUUUGAUUCGCACGACCGCCUCUGGCAGAGCUACGGCGAUGUCACUGCAUGGACCAACAUAACAACAGCAACUACCGUGGACAUAAAAAACUCCAGCAGCUUCGACGAGCCGUCCGUGGUACUGCAGAGCGCUGCCACUCCGGUGAACGGCACCCAGCUCGACUUCUCAUGGAGCCCGGACCCCUCACUGAACAAUGACAACAAUAGCACAGCUUACCUUCUGCUGCUCUACUUCGCGGAGCUGCAGAGGCUGCCAAGCGGCGCGCUAAGGCGGUUCGACGUCCUUGUCGACGGCGCCUCGUGGGAUGGAAGCCGGAGCUACAGCCCAAAAUACCUUUCUGCAGAAGUUGUGGAAAGGGUGGUGGUGCAGGGGUCAGGCCAGCACACCGUCUCACUUGUCGCCACACCGGACGCCACACUCCCACCCAUCCUGAACGCGUUCGAGAUAUACUCGGUGCGGCAGACGGCUGAGCUUGGGACGAAUAAUGGAGAUGCUGAGGCCAUGAUGGCAAUUCGCACCGCUUAUGCGCUGAAGAAGAACUGGAUGGGUGACCCUUGUGCACCGAAAGCAUUUGCCUGGGAUGGCUUGAAUUGCAGUUAUUCUUCAUCUGGAUCUGCACAGAUAAAAGCUAUAAAUCUGUCCUCUAGUGUGUUGACCGGUGCAGUUGAUCCUUCGUUUGGUGAUCUAAAAUCUCUACAACACUUGGACCUGUCCAAUAACAGCUUGUCAGGUUCAAUACCUGUUUUUCUAGCGCAAAUGCCAUCACUCACAUUCCUUGAUUUGUCAAGCAACAAACUGAGUGGACCAGUUCCUGCCGCUCUACUACAAAAGCAUCAAAAUAGAUCUCUUCUAUUAAGGAUUGGUAACAACGCAAAUAUCUGUGACAAUGGUGCUUCUACAUGUGAUUCAGAGGACAAAGGAAAGUACAGAACACUCGUCAUUGCAAUAGCUGUACCAAUAGCUGUAGCAACUCUACUGUUUGUGGCAGCAAUUCUUAUCCUUCACAAAAGAAGAAAUAAACAAGAUACAUGGACGGCACACAACACAAGGCUUAAUAGCCCCCGGGAGAGGUCAAACUUAUUUGAGAACAGACAGUUCAGUUACAAGGAACUGAAGCUCAUUACAGGUAACUUCAGAGAAGAAAUAGGGCGAGGAGGAUUUGGUGCCGUGUAUCUAGGUUAUUUAGAGAAUGAAAGUACAGUUGCUGUCAAGAUCCGUUCAAAAACAUCUUCUCAAGGGAAUACAGAGUUUCUAGCUGAGGCUCAACACUUGAGUCGAGUUCAUCAUAAAAACCUGGUUUCCAUGAUUGGUUACUGCAAGGAUAAGAAACAUCUGGCCCUUGUCUACGAAUACAUGCAUGGAGGAGACCUAGAGGACCGCCUACGAGGAGAGGCCUCUGUUGCGACGCCCCUCAGCUGGCAUCAACGUCUCAAGAUUGCUCUCGACUCUGCCAAAGGAUUGGAGUAUCUACAUAAGUCCUGCCAACCACCACUGAUCCAUAGGGAUGUGAAGACAAAGAACAUCCUCCUAUCUGCUAACCUAGAGGCAAAGAUAUGUGACUUUGGUCUCUCGAAGGUGUUUGCCGAUGAGUUCAUGACCCACAUCACUACCCAACCGGCAGGUACCCUGGGGUACCUUGACCCUGAAUAUUACAACACAUCCCGGCUAAGUGAGAAGAGUGACGUGUACAGCUUCGGAGUUGUAUUACUGGAGCUCAUAACUGGCCAGCCGCCUGCAGUCGCGGUCACUCACACAGAGAGCAUCCACAUCGCGCAGUGGGUGCGCCAGAAGCUCUCGGAGGGUAACAUCGAGAGCAUUGCUGACUCUAAGAUGGGGAGGGAGUAUGAUGUCAACUCAGUCUGGAAGGUUACAGAGCUGGCACUGCAGUGCAAGGAACAACCAUCACGGGAGCGACCAACGAUGACAGACAUUGUGGCUGAGCUCAAGGAAUGCUUGGAACUGGAGUUGUCUCGCGGAAUGGGCAGUUACAGCUCAGUCACCAGUGGUGCAAACAAUCUCAGCGCAACCAGUGCUGACUUGCAUAGUGAUGCUCAAGGAAGUGAUCUGAGACAGCAAAGCGUGCUUGAGCUGGGACAGGUUGGCGAUGCAUCCGCGACUCGCAUAGGUCCCAUACCAAGAUGAAGACCAACCAUUAAUUUUUUAUUGAACUGUAAUCUUGUAUAUAAGUAGGUGGUGUAUCAGAAAAUUGUAUGGUUUCUUAUUUGAGUGUUAUUAAACAAGAAACAAAUCUCCAUGCUCAAUAGACUACAUACAUGAAGGCUGUGAGUGUGUGUGAGAAAUGGAGGGUGCAUUUUACGAA